UGCGGAACCGGAUCAUUUGAUUAUUAGAAACGUCACUUACAAAAAUUUUCGCAUUACAAAAAGUCAAAUUUCCAGUUUUCGCCCACAAAUGUGGCGAUUGAAAUCUUCAAAAUUAAUUUGUGAAACAUGACAAUAGAUCAGAAAACAUUUCGCACGAGUACGAGAAACAGAAUAUUACACAAGGAAACCGAUUGUUAUAGAUAAUGACAGAUGAAAUAAGAAGGAUCCUGCCCUCGCACACGUUGGAUUCUCUCGAAUCGGAAAUUUCGGAAAUUUUAGACAUAUGUCAGAACUUCUUCGACAACGAUAGUAGGAUCAAAGUGAGACAACACAACAAUGGAAACCUCUUUGAUUACGAAACCAACGCGAACAUCGAACAGCUCGCUCAAGACAUGGCCCAAAUGGUGGAGAACUUCAAGCACCAGCUCGUCCACCCGAAAGCGGAGAACGACGUACGAUUGAAAUCGAAAAUCAAGGAGAUCUACGAGGAGAAAUUAGGCGCGAAAAAGAAGCCCAUCAACAAAGAGCCCGAAAAGGAUCCCAAAGGCAAGGAGAAGGAGAAAUGCAAAGAAGUCGAAACGACCGCCGCCAAUCAAACGGAGCCUACGGACAAACAACAAGCGCCUGACGAUGAUGCGGAGGAUAGGUGUCGAAACGAGGAGAAGUGCCGGCCCUCGGAGAAGUCCUUCGAUCCCAGCAAAAAAUACUUGGAACUGUACAAUGCCAAGCUGUUGUCGAAAAACAAAGUGCCGCCGGAGAAGAUGAGCAAAGCUCCAGUUAACAAGGAAGGCGCCAAAAAAUCCAUUGAUAAAUUCAAAACGUCCCCGUCUGGUAAUUUGCUCGACAAAAACAAGAGCAAAAACGACCAUUCCAACAAAUCGUUAAAAAACCUGAUCGAUCGUAAAGCCAAUUCUGUCAAGGCAAAUAAAGCGGAUUCGGCCUCGAACUCCUCCAGCCGUCCGAGUUUGUCACAUCGUAAAUUGCGGAAGGAGCGCAGCCACAGCAAGGAACUGCGAAACGCCGCCUCGAAGCAAGAAGGUGUCGCCGCCGCCACCGCCGCCUCCGCCUCCGCCAAUGCAUCCCCCAAACCGAUCAAACCUCAAACCCAGCAGGUUGUCGAACCGGUAGUCAAGAAGUCGCAGGUCGUCACUCAGCAGGCCAAGCAACCGUCCAAGACGAUGGCCGUGCUACAAUCGAAGACGUCGGUGAGCAACAGCCUCGCGAGGAAAUCGGAGACGAAGCUGUCGGAGAAGUAUCCCGAGGCGGGAUCGAAAGAAGGUACUACUGUUAAUUUAACCAAUCCGGCGGUUAACAUGACGGGACGAAUUAGCGCCGCCUACGAUUUCCCGAAGGCCAGCUCCACGUCCCUUUUGGACGGUUCGGGUAGCAAAAAGAACAAAAUGUGCGUACUGUCGAAGGAUACUUGCAAUCCGCUGGGGCUGCUCAAAGACGAAGUUGAAGAAGCGGUUAUGCAGAAGAAAACCUUCAGCGUGAAAGGGUGCUAUCCGAUUAUCAGACAGGCGUUGAUCAGAAGGGGAUGGGUGGAAAAGGUGAACGCGAGUUAUAGAGACGAUACCAGAGGCAUUAAGAAUUACUUGUCACUGACAAUGCAGGAACUUUACGAUCUAACUAAGCUAGCCGAAACCCAUCAGAUAGCCAAGAAAGUGCUAAGAUCGAAGCUGUUGGGUCCAGGACAUCAGGUCGACCUCUAUUGGGCGCCUAAUUACAUAUCGUAUCAGGAGUGCUACGAUAAAAUUAAGAUGACCCUUAUAAAUAAGAUUAGAUGGAAUUCUGCUUCGUAUACCAGUAAACAUGGAUUGUGCGAGGCCUCCCGUCACGCGUUUUGGUUCAAUUUGCCGGGCGUAGCGAAGCUGAAUGUGCCGCGCAGCUAUCGGCUGGCCAAAGAGGGCGACGCCGAAGAGUUCGUCAGAGACUUCAACAUGACGGCGGCGAUGGCGCUGCUCAAGUGGACCAAGAGCCGCUACGAAAUCCAAAAGGCCAAGCUGAUGAACGCCAACGGCAAGGUGCCGUUGCGGAUAUUCGAUUUCGCCAUCAACGAGUGCUACAAGUACUUGAAACGGGCCAGACACGAAGAUAUCGAUCAAGAGAUCAAAGACGCGCUGUCUCACGAAUGGAACGAGUACUUGGAGUAUUUCUACAAGCUGGUGCACGUGGGUAACCAAUUCAAGUUGGAGGAGCACGUGUCCGAGGUGGACAUGUUUCGCAGGGCGACCUAUCUGUUGGACAGGAUCAAGGAGUAUUAUCCCAGCAUGGAUAUGGACGGGGAAUUGAACAUAUGGAUAUUGAAGCCGACGAACAGCUGCAGAGGGAUCGGUAUACACAUGUGUAGAACAUUGAAAUACGUGUUGGAUACUGUGAAGGCUAAUCCGAAUAGAAGAUAUAUUAUACAGAAAUACAUUGAACGACCUUUACUGAUUUAUAACACCAAAUUCGACAUAAGACAAUGGUUUAUGAUAAGUUCGACAAUUCCUCUUACUAUUUGGAUAUACAAGAUUUGUUACUUGCGGUUCAGCUCACAAACGUACAAUUUAAAGAAACUCCACGAAUCCAUACAUCUCACUAACAAUUCCGUCCAAUGUAAAUACCGAAAUUCCCAACAAGAUCCCCAUUUGCCCACGUACUGCAUGUGGGACUCCAACGAAUUCAAAGCCUAUUUGAUGGGAAAAGGCCAGGCGAAUGCGUACAACGAAAUAAUCUACCCGGGGAUGAAGGAGAGCAUAACGGCGGCCGUACUCAUGCACCAGGACAACAUGGAAAAGCGAAAAAACUCGUUUGAAGUCUACGGAGCAGAUUUCAUUUUGACUGAGGAUUUUCAGCCGUGGCUAUUGGAAAUCAACGCCAAUCCGGCCCUGCACGCUUCCACGCCCGUCACCGCCAGAUUGUGCCCUAAGCUCAUGGAGGACGUUAUUAAAGUCGUAGUGGAUCUCGAUCGGAACAAAAACGCCAGUACGGGAAACUUCGAAUUGAUCUACAAGAGUACCAUAAUGAAAGACGCGCCCCCGAAGCAACUGAAAUCCCUGAUGGUGGAAGGCAAGCCCUUGAAUACGGAUUACUUCCAUCGCACGAAAUGGUCGCCCAAAGAAAGGGAGCCCGAAACCACCGAUUGGGGCUUGAAUAGAAAAAUCAAGAACCUCUCCAAGAACAUGGACAUGACCGAUUUCGGCCUGACUUCCGUGACGAGCGUCAAGGAAACUUUACACAGCUUGUUGGAGCUGCUGAAGAAAGAAAAGGAGCGCAGGAAGGACGGGAAACGGGGCAGUAUAAGGGAACACUAAUUAAGUCCACGCAACAACUUAAUUAAGUAUUAACAUAUAUCAGUUUGAGUUUUACGUGAAUUUUUCAUUGUUAUUGAAAGCAACCAAUAAAAAUGUCUUUUUUUCCAUUUUGUUUCAUUUUAUUUCCAAUUUUUUAACACAACAUUAAGUUUCCUCAUUUGAAUAAUCACGUAAGAAAACUUACAAUGUUAACCCUUUUUAAAGUAAAGCGAUUAUUUUCAAUUCUAAAACAUUACAAAAAAUACAAUUUACUUUAGAAAGGCUAUAGACUGUAAUUAAAUCGUUUUAUAACAUUUUUAAGUAACUAUACACAUCCCUCGAGUUACUUUUUCAAUAAAAUCAAUAAAAAAAAUAUCAAGUACUCUUCCAUUGUUUUACAAUUUUCUCGUAAACGUACUUGGUGGGAUUUCCAACAGGAUUUUCCUGAAUGAUGGUGCCCUUGCAACCGUUUUCAUCGAAAUUCGCAAACUUGCAAAAGGGGAUCGAAGAGCUGUCCGGUAACUUGGGCCUUUUACCCGUCGCUACAACGAACACCGUUUGAUUGGCGAGUUCCUUGAGCUGCGCGUCCUUUAAGGGACCGGCGUCUUUUAGAAGCAAAUCGAAUUGGUCGAUGCCGAACAAACGGGACGUUUCGCUCCUUAAUUUGUCCAAGGUGAUUUUCGUUUUUCCGGUUUGCGUUAAAACCAUGCCCUUCGUAGCGCCUCGGCAGUAUUUCGAUUUCAAAUCGACCAGUUCCAAAUUGAUCCAAUUAACCGAAGGCGGAUCGAUAUCGCUCGCGCUUUUCUUGGUCAAUAAAAUCUGCAAAUCGAAUCCUUUCACUUUCUGUUUAUCUUCGAUUAUAACUUGAUCGGCCGGUCGUUUUUGCGAUAGCUUCGAAAACGGUGUUUUCAAUACGUUUUCUAUAAACUCCACGUACUCUUCAGCCACUCUCUUCAAAUCGCCCGAAGCUGAAUAAAACACAGAUAUCUCAUCGGUAGGCACCAGAUGGGCUUUCUUCCUCAACUUCUGAAUUCUAUUGAUGAUUUCCCUGGCCGUGCCUUCGUCCUGCAUCGAAGAAUCCGGAGUCACGUCCAUCAACACUAACACAUCGUUAUCGCUGUUCACUUCGUAUUGAUCGCUAUUCAGAUUCUCCGAUUUGAAAAUCAACCUGACUUCCGAGAUGUCGAUCGAUUGACCGGCCACGGUAGCGCAACCCUUCUGAAUCAUCCGAUUUAUCUCCUCGUCGGUCAUCGAUUUCAGUCCCUCGGUCACCGCUUUGAAAUCCUGCUUCAGCCUGGCGCCCAGCACCUUGUGAUCGGGCUCCGCCCUCAGCGUGAUGCCGAACUUGCUCUUGUCCUCGGUGGUGCUGAUCUUCUUCACGUUCAAUUCCGACAAGAUGUAAUCGGACAACAGAUGGACGUCGUCCAAGUAUUGCGGAUCGCGGUGCACCACGAUCAGCUCGGGCAACGGGUACUUGAUCGGUAUGGUUUUCCGGUCGCGCACGACCCGGCCCAGCUCGAUGACGCUCUGCAUGCGCCCCACCGCCCUUUCGAUGUCCAAAUCGAUCAGCUUCUCGUUGGGCUGCGGCAGCAUCAGGUAGUGCACGCUGUCCGCCUUCUGGUCGAGCAGUUCCUUCGUGUACUGGUACAUCGUUUCGGAGAUGAACGGCGAGAAGGGCGCCAUCAUUUUGAUGAUGUUCAGUAUGACGUUGAACAGCGUCAUUAGGGCCGAGUAACAGUCCGCUCGGCCCGUCUCGCCUUUCAGCCUCUUUCGGUUCAUUCGAACGUACCAGUUCGUCAGGUAGUCGAAGUACUUGGACAAUCUCGGUAUGACGUUGUAUAAAUGGUACAAUUCCAUUUCUUUGCGGAUGUAUAACAGCAGCGAUUCGGUAAACGAUAGAAUCCAUUUGUCCAUUAUAUUGUCGCUGUGGACGUUUUUCUCGUCGUACGUGAAAACCGCCACGUCGUUUUGAGUGUAAAUCUCCAAAUUUUGAAAUAAGAAUCUAAAAGCGUUGUACCACGGCAGGAAAACGUCCUUAAUUAUAUCCCUCACGCCUUCCUCUUUGAAUCGCAAAUUCUCCGCCUUCACCACCGGCGAAUUGAUCAGAUACAAUCUGAGCGCGUCGGCGCCGAAUUUAUCCACGAUUUCCAAAGGAUCCGGGUAAUUCUUCUUCCGCUUGGACAUCUUGAAGCCGUCGCUGGCCAACACCAAUCCGUUGCAGAUCAGAUUUUUGAACGGCGCCUUGCCGAACAAAGCCGUAGAUAAUACAGUGAGAGUGUAAAACCAACCUCGCGUUUGAUCGACCCCUUCGGCUAUGAAAUUCGCGGGGAAACCGUCCUCGAACUCUUUGCUGUUCUCGAACGGGUAAUGGACCUGAGCGUAGGGCAUCGAACCCGACUCGAACCAACAGUCGAACACCUCGC